GCAGCCGAUGAAACACUUGUGCUUUCACUGUGUUUCCGAUGUUAGGGUUUGUUUUUUAGCGCCAGAGGACAAGUUCUAACUUAUUUAAUUUAGUUAUCUAACGACUGGAUUGUGCUUUUGAUUCAAAACCCCAAAAAACCCGAACUUGUUGCCAGGCUUCUGAGAUCAUUUUAUAUCAUUUACCACCAUUAAAACUUGUGUCCUCGGAGUUAAAGGUAUGGACACACAUGCAGUGCAGCAGAGAGAGCUCCUGUCUGCAGCCGGUAGCUAGCCAUGCCUAGCGAGGUGUCUUAUGCUGCUGGACUCCUUCUCUCUACCUGAAUCGUGGUCAUAACCUCCAGGACUUUCCAGGACUUUGAAGUCCUCCUCGGCCCUCUCUGAACUUGACCAUGGGCGAAAGGCGUGCACACUCUUUUCACAUGACGUGCCACGUACAACGCGACUAUGGCAGCAGGAUGGGGAGCUCCUUCAUAAGUUGCAGACCCAACGGAUACGCCAGCACAAGCCUCAGCCUCAGCCUGGACCAGGAGAUGGACGCGGCCUCCAUCGGCACUACAACUACCAGCUCUGCCCUACAGGCUCCUGCGCCCGACAGGAGCCACUACUCUCCUGUUUCACUGGAACUAGACCCCACAGCGGUGAAUAAUGGAUCAGGCAUUCCCUGCUGUCCGCCAGCAGACACAAUGAAGCCAGCGCGGCAGACCAUAUGCAGCCAGCCCUCCAUCACCUCUGGCCCUCCGCCUCUCCCUCGUUCGAGCUGGCUGCAUCAUCAUCAAAAGGAUUUCCAGAGCCCGUACAUCAAGACUAGCAUGCAGGGGGAUGUUUACAACUUCCUAGAGAGACCUGCUGGAUUGAAAUGCUUCCUCUACCACUUCCUCGUCUUCCUCAUGGUCCUGGUGUGUCUAAUCUUCAGUGUCCUGUCCACUAUAGAGCAAUAUGCAGAGUUCGCCACGGGAACACUCUUCUGGAUGGAGAUUGUGCUGGUGCUGUUCUUUGGCACAGAGUAUGUGGUCCGGCUGUGGUCGGCAGGCUGUCGCAGCAAAUAUGCGGGCAUCAAAGGACGCCUCCGCUUUAUCAGGAAGCCCAUAUCAAUCAUAGAUUUGAUAGUGGUCAUUGCCUCAAUCAUUGUGCUCGGUGUAGGCUCCAAUGGCCAAGUGUUUGCCACGUCUGCUAUCAGGGGCAUCCGUUUCCUCCAAAUCCUGCGCAUGCUACAUGUGGAUCGACAGGGAGGAACGUGGAGGCUCCUGGGAUCUGUAGUCUUUAUUCACCGACAGGAGCUGAUCACCACCCUGUACAUCGGCUUCCUGGGUCUGAUCUUCUCCUCCUACUUUGUUUACUUGGCGGAGAAGGACGCUGUGGAUGAGGAGGGGAAGACGGGCUUCUCCAGCUACGCCGAUGCCCUGUGGUGGGGCGUGGUGACCGUCACCACAAUUGGCUAUGGAGACAAAAUUCCUCAGACGUGGAUUGGCAAGGCCAUCGCCUCCUGCUUCAGCGUCUUCGCCAUCUCCUUCUUCGCUCUGCCUGCUGGAAUCCUUGGCUCAGGGUUUGCCCUGAAAGUCCAACAGAAGCAGAGACAGAAGCACUUCAACAGGCAGAUCCCUGCUGCAGCCUGCCUCAUCCAGACACUGUGGAGGUGCUACGCAGCAGAGAAACCAAACGGCUGUGCUGCUACAUGGAAAAUGUAUGUCCUGACUCCAGAGGCCGUCACCACAGUGGAACAUGACAACUUCAGCCCCAAUGUCAGGAAACUGAACAUAUCGAAAAAGGGACCCAAGAGGAGGUUGAAGUCCAGAGGAAAUGGCGCCAUGGGUGUGGGCUCAGAGAGAGCUGUAUCGAUCCCCCAGAUCACCUACGACCACAUUGACGACUCUGAGGAGAAGAAAGACGUCCCAUUUUUCCUGGAGGAGCCGAGAGGAGCUGUUGAAGGAAUCACCAGAAUCUUCAGACAAACAGUAAGAAGGAGUCAUGAUCACAGCACCUCCAUCGACAUCUCCCGCGCCAACAGCUUAACAGACGAGCUGGACUACAUGACUGAGGACAUUCCCCUGCCUGUGGUGACAGCUCAGUUGUCCCAUGCCCAGAGAUCAGCUGUAAAAGUGCUCCGCAGAAUGCAGUACUUUGUGGCCAGGAGGAAAUUUCAGCAAGCGCGGAAGCCCUAUGAUGUGCGAGACGUGAUUGAGCAGUAUUCCCAGGGUCACCUCAACAUGAUGGUCCGCAUCAAGGAGCUGCAGAGAAGGCUGGACGGCACACUGGGGAAGCCAGGAAUGUUUCUUCCAGGAAAAGGAGAAGAUAAAGAAUACCCAACUAUUGGAGCGCGACUGAUCAGGCUAGAAGAUAAGGUGCAUAAGAUGGACGAGAAAGUGGACUCGGUCCUGCGGAUCCUGACGGAGCAGUUUCCGCCGAAGCUGGAGCUGACGUCCAAGCCGUCCAUCCGCAGGGUGACCAUUCAGAAAUGCAUGGGUGCUAGCAUCGACGAGGAGCUCUGAUGUCGCAGCGAUGGUCACGCCGGGUAUGAUGCUCUCAUCACCAAGGAGAAUUAAAGGACCAGGAGUUCACAUAAACAGCCUAGCCCCACCCAUGGGGGGCCAGCCUGCAAAUAAAAAGGGGACUCAGUCUUCCAAACCCCCUCCCUCUCUUCCAUAUCCACAUUUUCUCAUUGACUUUUUACCACUGAGAAGAGAACAACUUUUAAUUGUCGACUUGCUCUGGGACAUGAGGGCAAGAGCACCACGGAGCACGGUGUGGAAAGGAGGCUGACUGAACUCUUCCUUCUGAUGAUUGUUGGCCCUGCUUGGGUCUUUUUGUUGUUGUUGUUGUUUUUGUUGUUGUCUAAAUGUAGCUUUCUCUUCUGCACCAGCAUUGUGGGCCCUCAGUCUUCCCCCUGCAGAACACAGUCAUUCAAGCAGCGACACGCUACAUGAAUUUAUUUCACUACAUUAGCCUCAUAAUCACACUACUCAGAUAAUGUUAAUUUAUGUGUGGCCUGUCACUGAGCUGCAUUCCUCCACUCCAAAUAUUAUUCCAAAGCUAACUAACCCAGUAAUGAAGUCGUAAUGCAAUCAAAGCACUCGAGUUCCCCAAAGACACAGAGAAAAACUGAGAGUCCAGCCAUGGCAGAGGCAUUCCUCAAAUCCUUCUGAUUAUCUUGGCACCAUCCACACCCAGUACACAACAGGCUUAUUUCCAUAGCCACAUAUCCAUCUAGCCUAACUGUACUUAGGCUGCGGCGGGUGUUUGUUAGUAGUGAUCGAAUAACACGGGGAGGGAAGGGCGGAUUAUCUGUUGACUUUGCCCUGCGUUUCGAGACCGGAAGGCUGGAGUAAAAGAAACGGGACUAAAGAAAUGUAUCAGGGGUGGGUGGCUAACAUGGUGCUGAUUUAUAGCUACACUGAUGCUAACGAAAAUAGCCGAACUGGGCUGAAGUCUCUCACUUUGCUCCAAGAUUUUCACAGAGAGAUUUCAUGCGUAUAUCAAUCUCAAACACUUUUAGCAGCACCACUACUCACACCACCACCAGGACCACACUUAAAACCCUCUAUUCCCCUCUUCAGGGGGCUCACACUGCUGUGUGCAAUUUGAAAUAAAUUUGCCCCAUUAAAGCUCUGAUUAUUUUUUCUCUCCGGAGCUAAUUAAGUGCUGAAUUCCUGGUAAGGGGAGAUUACUCACUGUGAGUGACUAAUGAAAAGAAACACUGGAAAAUGUGCAGAAUUUAAACAGUAAGCUAUGAGGAGCAGGCACACUAAUUGUGUGUGAAAGCUUUGGAAAUAUCAGGCUACCACUGAGAGCGCACGUUUGAAAUAAAAAAAAGACAAUGCUCUCACUUUGUUCCCAUACACGUAGUAUUUAUCUGACAGGACGCCGAGGCAUGUAGGAAGUAGAAAAUAGAAAAUAACUCAACUAUGUAGCUACUGUAUGAAAGGCCUCUCAUAAUUAUAGCAUGCACGUUCCUGAAGAGACGGAUGCACACACACACACACACACACACACACACACACACACACACAAAAGAGGGGUGAACAAGGGAAGGGGAAGGAGGAGAGGCCUUCUCUCUGCACUAGUAUAUAUUUUCAUAUUUUUGCGGUGGUUAAAAUAAUAACUAUUAUUUAUCUUACAUUAAAUAAAGUGGUUGUAUUUUAAAGGCACUCUAAUUUUGUGACAGACCUUGAUACAUAUCCGCCUGUAUUCUCCUGUACAGUUUUAUAAGAGUUGUAAAUAGAAACAUUGCCUUAUCGUACUGUAUUUAUUAUCAUGUGGAAAGAUCAACCUGGAACAUAUCUGCGAGAUGGAGCGAUGAGAAGCACAGAGGGUAAGGCUCCUGUUGUACAGACGGAUGGAAAUGAUUGUAAAUGAUA